CUCUCUCUCUCUCUCUCUCUCUCUCUGCUUGACUUGUUCUUUCAUUCCCGCCACUGUGAGCGAGCCGAGCCGGACCGGACCGCAUCAAGCCCCUGAACGGAUCACCGUGCGCGGCUGGAGGCGAUGGAGCCGUGAGCCGAACCGAACCGAACCGAGUGGAGCCGAGGGGCGAUGCUGCCGAGUGAAGAAGACUCCUCUUCCUCCUCUUCUUCUAUUUCUUCUUCUUUUUCUUCUUCACACGCACGUUCCUGUGCUGUGGAUUGCGCGUGCACGCCGAGCAUGGAGACGAGCUCGUGCACAGGAAGCUGCCGCCGCCGAGGCACGCGGAUGGCACGCGCGCUCCCGCUGCUGCUGCUGUUGCACUUCAUCUCUGUGCACGGAGUCGUCAUGGCGACCAACACCACUGAGCUGACCGCCGUCCUGAACGGGACCGCCCCACUUAGUGAUCAGGAUGGUCCUACUGAUGUUAGCCAUGCGGUCACCAUGGGAACCGGCCCCGGCGGUUCCGUCAACACUGUGACGCCCAGGGCGGGCCGCGUGCCUCGGGACGGGGGCGAGGAGCAGGAGCUGAGCAGCGGCAUGUUUGGCGAAGCGGCGGUGCCCGAAGUGGGCGGCACGCUCUCGCCAUCUGAGAUCAGCCCCGAUUCGGUGGAAGCGGAGCUGCUGUUGCCUGGCAACCGUCUGCCAGCCGAUGUCACGGACGAGGAGCCUGUGCCGCGUAGCGACCCGCCGUGGAUCCACGCCAAGGACACGGCCGUGUUCGACCUGGACCGACCGUCCGCCGCCGUCCCGCCGCCGCCCGCCACCGCCCAACUCGACGUCCUCCACGUGGACUUUUUCGAUCCCGCCUCCCGUGGACGCAACAUGGACUUGGGUCCGCGUCCCACCUCGUCGUUGGCCCACGAGCUCCAGGGCGGCGACUCGACAUCCUGGGCCAUGCCGGACAGCUACGACUACUUGACCCCGUAUGAGGACGGGGUGUCUCCCACCAGCGACAAGUACCCCGACAGCACCACCGACGACGGUGGCUCUCCAGCUCGCCCCAGACCGGCGGGUCCCGCCUCCUUUCUGCCAAACGGGCCCCGGCGCGCCCCCCCGGCCGCCUCCCCGGUGGACGGCUCUGACGGAAUGGGCGGCUGUCGCCCCGGCUAUCAGAUGAUCAACGCCACUUGUCGCUCCCCUUGCGACUUUGACCCCAACUUCUGCUACAAUGGAGGGCAGUGUUACCUGCUGGAAGACUCCGGGACAUUCUGCAGGUGCAACGUUCAAGACUACAUCUGGCACAAAGGCGCCCGCUGUGAGGCGGUGGUGACGGAGUUCCAGGUCAUGUGUCUGGCGGUGGGCGUGUCGGCCGUCGUGGUCCUGCUGCUCUUCAUGAUGGUGGUCUGCUUCGCCAAGAAGCUCCACGUACUCAAGACAGAGAAUAAGAAGCUGCGCAGACGCAGUAAGUACCGGCCCACAUCGGAGGCUCACAAUGAUAAUUUCUCGCUGUCCACCAUCGCUGAGGGCUCCCACCCAAACGUAAGGAAACUGUGCGACACCCCUCCUAACGCCCCCCAUGCCCGUGCAUUGGCUUACUAUGAUAACAUUAUCUGUCAGAAAACCAUGAGCAGAUACACGUGGGAGUGUAAGACCAAAGAGGAGUCCGACUGCGAGGAUGAUCCCAAUUCCCAGAACAAGCUGGAGGAGCCGUUGAAGGCCCCGGCCAAGGAAGAUGACGCCCUGAACAUCCACAACGCGCUGACGCCCAAACACGACAACCACAAGCUGCUGGGCGACGACGACUCGGAGGUCAACUCUCUGCAGAACAACAUGAUGUGAAAAAUACACUUUUUCACCGAGACACUGACCGCUGCCCACUGACCCACCCGUGCCCGCCACUCCGUCCUCCGCCACACGGGUUCAUCGAGCAGCCAAGCCGACACUGCCAUCAUGCUCCGUCCCCUUCCUGUCGCCCAUUCAUCAUCCCUUCACCACCUUGUUGCUGUCACUUGACUGCCCCUUACCUCUUUCACCGCUCACGUAUACACGCACACAAACACACAACACACACACACAUACUCACACACAUUUCCCUGCCUGCAUCGUUGUAUUUUGUAAAAGAAAAUUCCAGAAUUCCAGCGUGUGUAAACGUGGUAAAAAGAAAAAAGCUACUGAGAGGUUUUGAUGUUUGUUGACUAAUCCAGUGAGUGUCUAUAAAUAUUGCAAACAAAUCAGAUCGAUGGAUCGACUUCAAACACGACGUGUCUUGUUUUCUUUGAUGUGAUUUCUAAUCCUUUGAUGUACUUUUACUGUUUUUAUUUUCUACUCUUUCAACCAACGAGAACAACAAACGUGAUUCCAACACUUGUUGAAAUAAAACCUUUUUAACAUGA